AUGGCCGACGUAGCGUACUGGGCUUUGUCAAUAAUACAUUCAGUCUCUUCUAUUAACCCAUAUUUUCUUUCUUUCUUUCAUUUUCCUUUCUUUCUUUCUUUCUUUCUUUCUUUCUUUCUUUCUUUCUUUCUAUGCAUAUGUUCAUCUUUCAAGUUUAUCUUUCUCUUUUCUUUCUUUCUUUCUUUCUUUCUUUCUUUCUAUGCAUUUAUCUUUUUUUCCUUCUUUCUUUUUUCCUUUUUCUUUUUAUGCAUAUGUUCAUCUUUCAAGUUUCUCUUCUUUCUUUUCUUUCUUUCUUUUCUUUCUUUUCUUUCUUUUUCAUUCUUUCUCUUUCUUUCUUUUUUCUUUCUUUCAUUCUUUCUUUCUCUUUCUUUCUUUCUUUCUUUCUUUCUUCUUAUGCAUGCGUUUAUCUUUCUUUCUUUCUUUCUUUCUUUCUUUCUUUCUUUCUAUGCAGAUGUUCAUCUUUUAAGUUUCUCUUCUUUUCUCUUUCUUUAUCUUUUAUUAUUUCAUAUUUUCCAACGCGAAAGGAUUUUUGUAUAUCGCUUCUUCUUUUUUUAUCUCCUACUUUUACGCCCCAAACGCAGAGACUACAGACAGAUUCGUUAUGAAAUAUUUUGA